CAAAAUCAAUUUCCCUUUUCCUUGAUCAAAGAAAGGCCUAUAUAUUACACAGAGUGUUUCCUUCUCGAUAACUCAUCGGCAAAUGCUCUGUUUCCCCACCCCAUUUUCAAUCUACCUUACCCUGUUUUCCCCCUUAAAAAUCAGCCAUGGAUCCCGAGGCCUGUGAGAGCCAGAGAUCAUCAUCGACGUCUGCAGAGCUGUUCCAAGCUCAAGCCCACAUCUACAGCCACGUCUCCAGCUACAUGAACUCCAUGGCGCUGAGAAGCGCCGUCGAGCUCGGAAUCGCCGACGCAAUCCAAACCCACGGCGGAGCCAUCACUCUGCCCCAGCUCGUUUCCGCCGUCAAAAUCGAUCCCACAAAAUCCGACUACCUCUUACGCCUGAUGCGCAUCCUCGUCCACUCUGGCUUCUUCGCCGAAACAGGGGAUGCUUAUUUGUUAACACCAUCUUCACAAUUGCUGCUCAAAAACCACCCGAAUUCCCUUUCCGCCGUGGUGAAGCUGAUCCCCCGGCUGGAGUUCGUCACUCCCUGUUUCCUGAUGGGAGAUUGGUUGCGGGAGCACGGGGAGAAGACGGCGUUCGAGACGGCCCAUGGGGGGACGCCGUUUUGGGAGUACAGCGAAGGGAACCCUGAAUUCAAUUCCCUGUUCAAUGAAGCCAUGGCGAAUGAUUCUGGGUUGUUGGAGAACUUGGUGGUGGGGGAUUGCGGGCUGGUUUUUCAGGGGAUUGAAUCUCUGGUCGAUGUCGGUGGGGGAACGGGAACGGCCGGCAGGAUCAUAUCGGAGACGUUUCCUGGGAUUCGGUGUAAGGUUCUGGAUCUACCUCAGGUGAUUGGGGAUGGUCGCUUGGCUGAUUCGGAAGGGAACUUGGAGUUUGUUGCAGGGGAUAUGUUUGACCAUGUUCCUUCAGCGCAAGCGGUGCUGCUCAAGUGUGUUUUGCACGAUUGGAACAAUGAAGAGUGUGUGAAGAUCCUGAAGAAAUGCAAGGAAGCCAUUUCAGCCAAAGCAGGGGAGGGAGGGAAGGUGAUAGUCAUUGACAUUGUGGUGAAUGAGAAGAAUGAUGAUCAUGAACUGGCUGGAAUGAAGCUGAGGUUCGACAUGUUGAUGAUGUUGCUGCUGAAAGGGAAGGAGAGGAGUGAAAAGGAAUGGGAGGGGCUGUUUUUGGAAGCUGGUUUCAAGCACUACAAGAUCACUCCUCUGUUUGGUUUUAGCUCACUCAUUGAGGUUUUCCCCUAGCUAGAGUGAAGUUUAAUAAAAACCCAGCCGGACCAAAACUCGCUUUGUUCUUGUCUUGUCUCUGUAAUCGAUUAUUGUGUUCUCGAUUGAUCUUUCCAAUAAGUAAUUUCUUUGGCUUUUAUUUGAGUAUUUAUGAUCAAUCAAGGGGG